AUGAAACUUCAUCUCUUCGCUCUUCUAUUGGCAGUUUCAGGCAGUUUUGCCUUGCCUCGGGCUGACGACUUUGAACUAUCUGGUCAAAGAAAUGCCGUAGAAGACACUAUCAGGAGGACGAUCGAACGCAUCAUCGCCAGAAUUCAAUCUGCCGGUGCCGACCCAGUUCAAGUUGACAGAAGAGACUUUGAAUUUAUUCCAGUAACAAUUGACCUCGUAUUGAGAGCUUUCAUCGAGAACCUCGAAUUCUCUGGAGCUAGCAACAUUCAAAUCCACAACCUAGAAUACAGUUAUAUUUUCAACAGACUACGUCUGGACGUUUCCCUUCCAGAACUCCGCCUUUUAGUUGGUGAUUCUGGUAUUGAUCUUUUGAUACUCGGCUCAAAAGUUGAAGCACAAUUGCAGGGCAGUCUUUCCAUCAAGGCAAUCCGUUUAGCCGCUGUUGUCUACGUUGAUGUGAACAUCAUUGACAUUUCUCUUCGCAGUCUUUCAAUAGACGCCAGCCUCGGCGGCAUUGAGUCUGACCUGAAAAUUGUUGCUCAAGGAAGUGACAGAUCCGAAGUCGUUAACAAUCUUUUCAAUGUAAGAAUCCCUGCGUUCCUCAAGAGCAACAAGGCUGACAUCGACAGAGUUCUUGAAAGUGUAGUCAGCGCCAUUCUGAACUACAUCUGGAAGUGA